CCCCGCCCCGUGAGGGCCCGCCGCCCUCCGCCCUCUUCCUUAGGCCCCGCACCCGGCCUCGCUCCCCGCCGCCUUCGCGCGCAGGUGCUCAGGUGAGUCGGGCUGCCCGCCUUUCCCCCCGCGCGCCUCGCCCGCCCCGACAGCACGGAGGACCCCCGGGCCAAAGGCGGUGCUGGGCUCCCCGGCCCGCACCCCGCCGUGCCCGCCGCGCCCCCAGCGCCCCCAGCGCCCGCCGCGCCCCCCGCGCCCCCGUCGGACUGCGGCGCCGCCAUGCCCGAGCCGGUGGUGACGGCGCUGCUGGCGCCCUCGCGCCUCGGCCUCGCGCUACUGCGCGCCGCGAUGUGGGCAGCCGUGUCCGCGGCCGCGCUGCUGGCAGCGCUUGGCUACAGCUGCGUCGCGCUGGCCCACGUGCUGUGCCGUCCGAGCCGCGGCUGCUGCGGCCGUCCACGCCGCGCGCCCCCCGCCUGCCUCCGCGACCCCGCGCUGGGCGAGCACGGGAGCCUGACGCUGCAGAGCUCGGGCCUGCGCCUGCACUACGUCUCGGCCGGACGCGGGAAGGGGCCUCUCAUGCUCCUUCUGCACGGCUUCCCCGAGACCUGGUUCUCCUGGCGCUACCAGCUCCGGGAGUUCCAGCACUGCUUCCACGUGGUGGCUGUGGACAUGCGGGGCUAUGGCCCCUCCGAUACCCCUCGAGCCGUGGACUGCUACACCAUGGACCUGCUGACGGCGGAUAUCCAGGACACCAUUCUGGGCCUGGGUUACUCCAAGUGCAUCCUCGUGGCGCACGACUGGGGCGCCGUCAUAGCCUGGAACUUCUCCGUCUACUUCCCGUCCCUAGUGGAGCGUAUGGUUGUGGUCAGCGGUGCCCCGAUGCCCGUGUACCAAGACUAUUCCAUGCGCCAUUGGAGCCAGUUCUUCCGCUCCAAUUACAUGUUCCUGUUCCAGCUGCCCUGGCUGCCUGAGAAGUUGCUGUCCAUGUCCGACUUCCAGAUCCUGAAGAGCACCCUCGCCCACCGCAAGACAGGCAUCCCUCACCUGACCCCCAGCGAGCUGGAUGCCUUCCUCUACCACUUCUCACAGCCUGGUGGCCUCACCGGGCCCCUCAACUACUACCGCAACCUCUUCCGGAACUUCCCCCUGGAGCCCCAGCAGCUGGCCACGCCCACCCUGCUGCUGUGGGGAGAGAAGGACCCCUACCUGGAAAAGGGGCUGGUGGAGGCCAUCAGCAGCCGCUUUGUGCCCGGCCGACUGCAGGCCCAUGUCCUGCCCGGUGCAGGUCACUGGAUCCCACAAAGCCACGCGCAGGACAUGCACCAGUACAUGUGGGCCUUCCUGCAGGACCUGUCUGAGUAGGGCCCA